AUGGCAUCCGUUCGUUCUGACGAAGAUGCAACUUUUGCUUUCUAUCGCUAUGACCCCAGCAUGGGCGGUGCCGUCCUUUUCACAAUCCUUUUUACGGGCACAACCUUCUGCCACAUUUACCAGUUGUUCAAAAAUCGUACCUGGUUCUACAUUCCCUUUGUGAUAGGAGGUCUCCUCGAGAUCAUCGGAUACAUCGGGCGUGCCUUGUCAAGCAACCAAAGUCCGAACUGGACACUCGGUCCCUACAUAAUGCAGACACUCUGUCUGCUCCUCGCCCCAGCUCUUCUGGCAGCUUCGAUCUACAUGUUACUUGGCCGAAUCAUCUUGGUGCUACAGGCAGAAUCGCAUGCAAUCUUGAAAAAAAAGUGGCUGACCAAGAUCUUUGUUACCGGCGACGUUAUGUCGUUUCUUCUUCAGGGUGCUGGUGGUGGCAUACAGAGCAGCGGCAGCCUUGAUGGAAUGAAGACUGGCGAGCGUCUUAUCAUCGUGGGCCUUUUUGUCCAGAUCAUCUUUUUUGGCUUCUUCGUCACCGUUGCUGUCAUGUUUGAUACAAAGCUGCGAAAGUACCCUAUCCCACGCUGCUUCGCCGCCGAAAUCCCCUGGCGCAAACAUCUCAACAUGCUCUACGUGGCCAGUCUACUGAUUCUCGUCCGAUCGCUCUUUCGAGUUGUCGAAUACAUACAGGGCAAUAAUGGCUACCUCUUGCAUCACGAGAUCUAUUUAUAUGUUUUCGACGCACUGCUUAUAUUCAUUGCCAUGCUUAUCUUCAACAUCUCUCAUCCACAUGAAAUUACUCAGUUCAUGGACGUUGUUCCAGAUUAUGAGUUGACUCGCCCCCCAAACGACCCGACCGUGAAGCCAGAUCAAUAUUAUCAUGGCGUGUAA